GUUAGCAAGUGGUGAUUUGGGUUUUUUUGGUCGAGAGAAUUAAGACGAGUAUCUGAGCGUCUGUCCUGCAUACAACCUGAAAGUCACGAGUACUCAGAGGAACACAGAACCAUGCCAUCACCUCAGUGUGAUCCUCGAGAAACACAGAACCAUGCCAUCACCUCAGUGUGAUCCUCGAGCACAGUGGUCGCCAAGCUUUUUGAUCCCCGGGACCGCUCCAGACCCUCAUCUAAUGCUAUUUCAUGUUGUGACGUAUAAAACAAAGACAAGCACAAUAUCAAAGGAAAUCACUACAGAAAAAAACAUAUUGGAGUUCCAGAAAGAAGAUAACAAAUCUGCACUUUUGGAGGUAAUUAAACUAAAAAUUGAUCUAAUAAUAACUUUGAUCCAAAAUGACAGAACGAUGACAACAUUACUUUCUUUGGCAGUGCAGUAGCCAAACACGUCUCUGCCCUGGCUGCUCAGUACAAUAUUGCUAUGCACAAGCAUAGGUUGGCAAUAAUCAUUAUGAUGGUAUUAUUAUAGCUCCAUUUAACUUUAAUCCAAAGUGACAGAACAACAGACAGAUACAGCAGUAGCUGCUUGAGUUGCUUUUUGUCUCCCCGUUAUAGGACUUUAUAAAAAAGAUAAAGAAAAAAACAUUUAAAUCCUGACGCAUACUGAGAUGCAAUCAAAUUUCUUAAUAACGGUGAUUUUUCAAAACUAUUUUAACUACCGAGCUGCAUUGCAAACAAACGCAGUCAGUUUAGUCAAGGACUGGUGUGGCGCUGUCGUUAUGGCCGACACUUCCUCCAGCGAGCCUCACCAUCCAGGGCGGUUGGCACCACCGCCCUGAUGGCCAGCAACUGGUGUGUGUGUGUGUGUGUGUGUGUCUGUCACACACUGGCCAACUUUGCCUCCAAGGUGACAUCAGUAAAAUAAAUAAAUUGAAUGAAAUGAAGGAAAGCACAUUAUUUCCAAAAUGGAUCAAAUUGGACUGAUGUACCGAUACCAGCCCACAUCCCGGAGGUUUGAGACCCCUAAAGCAGGCCAGCCAUUUUUCAUUUUAAGUUUUAAACUAGCUUCUCAAAUAUAAAAGUCUUUGUUUUGAAGCCAUGGGGACAUAUUUCCAUGCCCUCCCUGUCCACUUAAUCCCCACUUAAGGGCCCACAAGCCCUGGAAACAACAACCGGGACACAUUUCCUUAACAGAUUGUGGACAUCCGCCUUUCACUCUUGCUCGGUUUGACUUUGAGGUGCUUCGCUCGCCAGAGGUUUCAUCAAGAUGUUUAAAGAGCUGCAGGGAGAAUGGACAGAGAGACAGAGAAAGAGAGACCGGCACAUCUGGCAACAGAAAACACGAAAUAACAUAUCAUGCUUCAGGAAGUGUUCCAUGCAGCCACGUGUUGCCAUGUCGGCUCAUUGGCAGCUGAUAUCCAUCCUGCCACACUCAUUUGCACGGCCCUUCACUCCAACAUGUCACGGCCACCUUCUGUCAGCCUGCGGUCGAAUAUCAUCCUCACGGAGGCGCCAGAGAUCCUCCCAUGCAAGUGGUGGUUGUUGUCGUCGACUGCCUCAAAGAUAACUUGACUUCACGAGCUGCAGGAGCUGAUUGCUUGCAAAAAAAGACUUGUGGAAAAUACAGUUUGGAUCCUUUGGACUGAUGAUUGUCAUCUCUUUGGCAGCCGCUCUGAACUUUCAUCUUUAAUCCGUCUCAGACACCGCGGACCUGGAACAAGGACCUGAAAUGUCCAACAGUGACUAUAAGAGACUGGAGCUCUUCCGACACAUCCUAAAUGUUUGCAGCCACGAUCCGUCCUGCAACACCUCCCACCUGCUGCUGCACAACAUCAGCUCGUACACCGGGCUGGAGCUUGUGGGUGAUGGGUCCCCCUGGUUGAGAAGCCUGAUCUCAGUGGUGUACUUUGUGGUGGCAGCAGCCGGAGUGGUGGGCAACCUGUUGGUGUUGUUCCUGCUGUACUCCACUCGCACCAUCACCACCGGCAACAUCAAUUUCUUUGUCUUCAACCUGGCUCUGGCCCACCUGCUCUUCUCGCUAGCUUUGCCCUUUUGGGCCGUGGACAUUGCGAUGGACUACAGCUGGCCUUUCGGCGUGGCGGCGUGCAAGGCUGUAUCCUUGCUCACUGGCCUCAACGUGUUUGCCAGUUGCUUUUUCCUCACCGCCAUGAGCUUGACCCGCUACUGCUAUGUGGCCACUGCACUCCAGCCCAGUGCAUCCGUGUGCAGAAGGUCAUGCACCUCCCCAGUGGUCACGGCCUUCAUCUGGGCCGCAGCCCUCAUCGCCGCAGCACCACGAGGUGUGUUUGCGGCUCUGAGCCGCGUGGGUACCGGCAACGAUACUGCAUGCCUUCUCCGUUUCCCAGACGGUACCGCCUGGCUGGGGAUAAACCAGCUCUUACGGGUGGUGCUUGGCUUUUUGCUGCCUUACACCACCAUCAUCUUCUCCUACCUGCUGCUGAUGCGUUUCCUCUGCCGCCACAAACUGAAAGGCAGCAACUCUCGCCGAAAGGCCGACAUCUCAAAGUCGGUGGCGGUGGUGGUGCUGUCAUUCUGUGCCUGCUGGUUCCCGUACAACAUCCUCACCCUGUGGAGCAUUCUCAUCCAGCUGGACAUCAUCGACAUCAGCCCGUCUUUCUACGUGGUGCAGACCUACUUUUUCCCUCUGGCCAACUGCUUGGCUUUCACCAGCAGCUGCUUCAACCCCGUCAUCUACUGCCUGGUGCGGAAGGAAUACAGAGUGGCUCUUCACAACGUCUUCUUCAAGCUGAGCCUGGCCGUCACGUCCAAGAUUCCCUACGCCAUCAAUCCCAACGAAGGAUCGGAACACGCCGGACAACUGGCCAUUCCUCUCAGCAACAUGCCCAGCCAGAUGAGCCAAUCGGACUCAAGAAGAUACGCGCCCCUGUCAGCACUCCCAACGCUAGUCUCCACCCUGUGAAGCCAUUUGUUCAACCUUAACCAACCACAUCCAAUGCAAGAGUUGUUUCCAACGUUACCCUGAAGAUGACAACAAAUGCAUGCUUGUCAUUCCGUCUUUCCCAACCACUGUCCCGCUCCACCUUAGUGUGCUGUGGUGUCCCACGGGACAUUAUCCGAUUUCACUUCAUUUACGACACGUUUCGUGUGUAGUGUCAAGCAGAAGAAUGAAUACUGUACCAUUUCAUGCAUUUAUUCAUGUCAUCAGCAUGAGAUUGUCUUGCUGCCUUAAAGUAUGAUGUACAAAUGUUGCCUAUUUGUUGUCUUUUUGGGGUAUGCAUUUGUUUGGACUGAUACAUUUCUGAAUUAAAUUGGUCUAAUCCCUGUACCUUCUUCCCUUGACAUUCUUCACAUGAAACAAUCCCUGGUUGUUUGUUCACUUUGUUGAACAUGUUCUCAGGCGAGCAACACAGAAAUAGUGUCUAAUAGUAAAGGUAAUGCGUACAGUUAGCUUCAUCAUUCAGUCAUAAAAUAAUGAAUAAAUAUUGCCAUGUUAUUGUAGUACGUACAUACACAGGAGCGCGUAUUUUGCCUUCUGUGCUUCCAACAUGCCACAAGGUGGCGCUACCGUUCUUCAUUUCCCUCUUCUUUUUCAUCCUAAUGGAUCUGUCCACAGAACAUGAAAUGUAUGCUUAAAGCAGUGGCUCUCAUUUAUUUUCUGUCAUGCCCCCAGGGACCAAAAUGUUUUCACGCCCCCUGAUUUGAAAUACUAUUGAGAAACUGAUCAUAUCUAUUUUUUGGUACUUCACAGACUGAACUCGAAAUUGAAACCAGGAAAAUGCAACAAAUGGAGAGCUGAGAAGCAAAUAAGCACGUUCGAAAGUCAGACAAUUGCAUGUAGAAUAUGUGUUUUGUAUAUUUGUACAUGUUGGCAGGUCUGCAGUAACAGAAAGUACUCCCUGCCUCUGUCGCCACCCCCAGACAGUUCACCACAUGGCCCCCUAUGGGGACCGCCCCACUAUUUGACAAGCACUGGCGUAAAGGCAGGAUGUAAUCUUCUUCUAAUUGCACCUCCAAACCCACGUUCUUUUGUUUCCUCUUCAGUUUUGUUUCAAUUAUUACAAACACAUUUCACCCUAGUUUCUA